UUUCUCUCAGAGAGGGAUUCCAAAUUCCAUCAUUCAUUCAUUCACUCGUCUCUUUGGCUAUUUAUACAUCUUUUCUAUCUCUCUCGCCGGCGCUGCAAAUCCCUAGAUUUCUCUCCUCUUCUUCACUCCCCCCCAAAAAAAACACCACAAUUAUAUAUAUCAAUUAUAUUAAUCCCAAUUUUAACCUCAAUUUCUUCGUUGAUUGUUUGAGAGAGAGAGAGAGAGUCUCGAUUUCAUUUAUCAUUUGAUGCCGUGAAAUUUUCGCAAAUCAGAUUCAAAAAAUUGAAGGAAUGGUUAGCUGCUACCGUAAUCCUUUCGUCGUCGUGAAGGUUGAGAAUUAAACUUUUGGUUUUGUGAGUAACUUUCGGAUCAGCUCUACCAGAUUUUGGUUUGUUAACUUUUAUCUGAAGAUGGAUCGGUGCGAUACCUCAGGAUUUGUAAGCGGCGGUGGAGAUGCUUAUAAGGUCUUCUAACUCUUUUUUUAAGAGCUGUGGCUUUUUCUCUCCUUAAACCCGGAAGUUGUUGUGUACUAUCUACUACUGGCUUCGCGUCUUCGCUCUUUUUGACGAAAGUUUUCAUUUUUAGUUGUGACCAUGCAUACUAGAUUCCAAAACAGUGCUUUUGCUGGUGGUAAUUCCUCAUCAUCCAACAACUCUUUUAAGAUACUGGGCCGCUCUCUUCAAGUUGAUGUCGCCGAGGCCGCGGAUACUACGCUGCGUCUUGAUUCCCUUGCCUCUCCGCUGUCUAAUGCCAAGGGAAUCAAAAGGAAGUGGAAUCUGAUUGAUGGAUCUGAUUCUUUACUUUCUUUAAGACUCGGUCACUCAACAAGCUCUUCUGAUAGCAAAGGGAGUUCUGCAACUGCUUGCACGAGUUUAUCUUCUGCUAAAGAAACUGAGGAGGCGUCCUCUAUGGAUAUUGAGCUCGACUUUACUCUCCAUCUUGGCAACGAGAAACUGGCAGCAAGUAACAAAAAGCCAGCUAACUCCAACGUGAAAGGGUUGUUGCAGGUCCCCUCCUCGAAAUUUGAUCUUGAACUGAGUCUUUCUGGUGGAGUAUCCUGUCAAUCUGAGAUCACUGCGGUCCAGCAGCACGCCAACCGGUUUCAAACUCUUGCGGACAUGCUGCGUGCAACUAACGAAGAAUCCACAUCAUGUGGUUGGAGGACAGGGUUUGGAUUACCAACAUUGCAGCAAGCCUCGACGAGCAAAGAAACGAGCUCUUUCUCAGGCCAUGUUCCAAAGGAUGUCAUCAUUCCUGCUGCUCAUGUUCUGGAACUGUCAUCUAGCACGGCAGCAACUACUCCAAUAAGCUCGGGUACAUGUACUUCCGGUUUAUCUCACCAGCUGAAGCCACAGCUUAAGAAUUCUUCUAAUUCCAAGUUAUGUCAAGUAGAAGGAUGUCAAAAGGGAGCAAGAGGCGCAUCCGGCCGUUGCAUUUCCCNACGAUGUCAAUCUAAUGGAUGCACAAAGGGAGCACAAGGGAGUACAAUGUUCUGCAAGGCACACGGUGGUGGUAAACGAUGUACACACUCGGGUUGCACCAAAGGAGCAGAAGGAAGCACGCCGUUUUGUAAAGGACAUGGAGGGGGUAAAAGAUGUGCCUUUCAAGGAGGUGAUCCAUGUUCCAAGAGUGUUCAUGGCGGUACCAAUUUCUGUGUGGCUCAUGGCGGUGGUAAGAGAUGUGCGGUUCCCGAAUGCACAAAGAGUGCUAGAGGAAGGACUGAUUUCUGUGUCAGACAUGGUGGAGGAAAGAGAUGCAAGUCUGAAGGAUGUGGCAAAAGUGCUCAAGGUAGUACUGACUUUUGCAAAGCACAUGGAGGAGGGAAACGGUGUGCGUGGGGUCAGCCCGAGACUGAGUAUGCGGGUCAAUCCUCUUCUGGUCCUUGUACCUCGUUUGCUCGAGGUAAGACUGGUCUUUGUGCACUCCAUAACAGUCUGGUUCAGGAUAACCGGGUCCAUGGAGGAAUGACUGUAACUUCCGAGAGCCAAGAACCGAGAGUAAGCAGCAGCGAAACAGAGAACGAGGAGGAGUUCAGCGGUUCUCAAGACAUGAACAUCGAUACAAUGAAAGCAAGAAGUGCUACAGGAUCUCCAGAGACUGAUGUUGAUCUCAAUGAGUAUGAAGCAGGAUUGGGGUUAGCUCCAGAAGGAAGAGUCCAUGGUGGAAGUUUGAUGAUGGCGAUGUUGGGCAGAGAUGGUUGCUCUGGCUCUACCGAUGGGCAGGUGAGGCCAAAGAGGUGGAUGUAAGUUGUCUUCAGUUUGGUUCCAGUCUUCAAUUCAACGCUGGUGGAGUAUGUUGCCACCAGAGAGUGAAAAGGGGAGUCUGUUUAUUCUAGUUUUAGGUUUGCUUAGAGAGUCGAAAAAGUAUCCAAAGUCUGUGUCUUUGUGUCUUGUUUGAUCUCAUUGUCUUGUAGAUAUUGAAUUAAGGGUCGAAGCAAAGGUUAUUGUGAUAGUGUGAAUUAUACAGGUAAAAGCCCACCUGUGAAUUGUCAAAACAGUCUUUAUGAUGA